CUUCUUUUUGUUGCAGACUAGAAUGUCUCCCCCCAAGAACGCAGUGCAUGUCGUUCAUGGCGAGAUUGCGCUGGUGAUUGCUGCCAUGCGCAGGAACGCGCGCUGGUCCUCCUACAGCCUCCAAGACAAGCAAGAUCCGCUUCUUAUGGGCUUUGCGCAACUCCGCGAACUCUUGUCAGCAGUACACGAUCUAUCUUUGGUUGAUCCGUCCGACCUCGUCAAUCCCUUUCUCGAGGUGAUUCGCUCGCCUGACGCGAACGGUCCCAUAACUGGCGUGGCACUAUCGUCCAUUCACAAGUUUCUGGCGUAUGGGGUGCUCGACCCAAAUGCUGUCAAUGCAAGCGAAGUAAUAUCGCGUGUCGCGAACGCAGUGACAAACUCGCGCUUUCCGGCCACGGAUUCUGUUAGCGACGAAGUGGUAUUGAUGAAAGUCAUCCAAGUUCUUCGCACCCUCCUCACCACUCCAGUCGGCCGCCAACUGAACGACGAGACUGUUUGUGAAAUGAUGCAGACUUGCUUCCGCAUUUCGUUUCAAAAGAAACUUAGUGAGCUUUUGCGACGCUCGUCGGAACAAACCCUCAUUGAAAUGGUCCAGAUUCUCUUCUCGCGGCUACCAGAGCUGGAUGACGGGAAGCGAACACGGCCAGUGCAGCUGAAGAUGCGCCGAGGCGCCACCAACACUGCUCUCGACGCAUCGACAUCGGCCACUCCCAUGCUCGUGUCGACAGACAACCUGAUUGCGUCGACGACAGAGGCUGCAUCCACGCCCGGGAUUGGUGGUUUGGAGGACGACGACAGCCUGGGCCGUCGCAACACUGUUGUAUCGCCUUCCAGCGGGGAUGAGGAUGGCAGCGGUCUCGGCGCGCGGUCUGGCUCUGGCAUCAUUUCCGCACCCACUGCAGCAGACCCAUCCGCUCAACAACAGGCACCUCCUGUGGUGACUUCAAUUCCGUAUGGCGUGCCAUGCAUUCGCGAGUUGCUCCGCUUCCUGAUCUCGCUGCUCAACUCGCCAGAUCGCAAUACGAGCAAUAACGAGCUCAUGUUGCGCAUGGGCUUGUCUUUGCUGACGGUUGCGUUUGAGUCGGGAGGCCAUGCUAUUGCAGACUUUCCCACAUUGCUCGAGCUGGUGUCAGACUCGUUGUGCCGCCAUCUAUUCACGCUGAUCAAGACGGACAUUCCCACCUUCUUUGCCCUUGAGCUGCGUCUCCUGUUUCUGAUCUUUGAGGCUUUGCGUCACAAACUCAAGUUCCAGCUCGAGCACUUUUUGCGCUACUUGAUGGACCGCAUUGUCGAUCCAAAGACCACGUCGCUCGAGUUGCAAGAGAUUGCGCUCGAAACGCUUGUGCAGUUGUGUCGCAUUCCGUCGCUCGUCGUCGAGCUCUACGUCAACUACGAUUGCGACUUGUACGCAUCGGAUGUCUUUGACCAACUCACCAAGUUCCUGUCCAAGAACGCCUUCCCGUCCAGCGGUGCGCUGUACACCACACAUCUUCUCUCGCUCCGCGCGCUGCUUGCCGUGGUCGAUGCUAUCGAGCAGCGAUGUCGACUGGCCCAACGAUCUCAGCUCCUCGAUGGCGUCCGGAGUGUUGCUGGCGUGCCAUCGGCUUCGCAGCUGGUCUUGUCCUCUCCGGUCGCCUCUCAAACGCCUUUCGAUCGGCCGAUCAGCACUGGCGCUGCUCGCCUGCACGCUGCCAACAGCUCAUUCCAUCCAACGACUGUCACAGCGCCGCACGUGCACUCGGACGCUACUUCUGAGCACGCCAGCAGUGCCACUGCUGCGCACCGUCAUCACCACCAGGACGCCACAGCAGCAGGAGAAGAAGAGGAGGAGGAGGAGGAAGAGGACGAGGCACAUUUGGGGCUGCCGUCACUCGCUGACUUGCAAAGCUUCAAACACCGCAAGCGCCUCUUCAACCAAGGCGCCGACCUCUUCAACGAGAAGCCCAAGCGUGGUAUUGCGUUCUUGCUCGAGUCUGGCGCCCUGUCAUCGCCCAUCGAUCACCACGAGGUCACCGACUUUUUGCGCAACCAUCCCAAGCUGUCCAAGCGAAUGAUUGGCGAGUACAUUGGCGAUCGUCUCAACACUGACAUUCUUAAGAUCUUUACCGAAAGCUUCCACUUUGGUGGCAUGGGGAUUGUGGAUGCACUCCGCGUGUUUCUCGAAUCCUUCCGACUUCCCGGCGAGUCCCAGGUGAUUGAUCGCAUCAUGGACUCGUUUGCGCAUCACUACUACUCGCUCAACAAGGCGCUGGCGGACGAGCAGUCUGAGGUUGACGCUGCUCACCAGGCGUCGCACACGUUCCAGCCAAUCGGAAGCGACUCCCCGGUGGCCUCCGGCCGCCCUGCCAUCACGUCGCCCUCCACUCCUGUUGCAACAGCAGGCGGGGUUGCGUCCCUCCAGCAACAUUCUCAGACCGCAGAUCGUCCCCACUCUGCACCUGUUCUCGACUCAAGCGCAGCGUCUAGUGCGCGCACUGGCAGUCCAGCAGUUGGUUUGGUCACCGCAGCUGUCACUUCUUCUGCCACCAUGCCGUCUUCGCCUGCGACGGCGACUGCGUCCGCGUCCGCUGCUUCGGCCAACAACGGCACCGGCAAGUCUGGCUUUGUGUUGGAAGACCAAGAUUCGACGUUUAUUCUGGCGUUUGCCAUCAUGCAGCUCAACACUGACCAGCACAAUCCUCGAGUCAAGAAGCCAAUGACACUUCAGGACUUUGCUCGCAACCAGCGAGGACUGAACAACAAGCAAGAUUUCCCAAUCGAAUUCUUGCAGGAGGUGUACACUGCGGUCAAGACCAACGAGAUUAUCAUGCCCGACGAAAAGGAGGGUGAAAUCAAGGAAAAUUACCAGUGGAAGGUCAUGCUCCGACGCAGCCGGCUGCCGUCUGGGCGCUUCCACUCGAUUCACACGGCGCUGUACGAUCACGACGUGUUCUUGCUGAUCUGGGGCCCUGCCAUCGCCGCCAUCUCGUAUGUCUUUGACCAGGCUCUUGACCGCGAUAUUGCUCAAAAGGCCCUCAACGGCCUUCGCAACUGUGCCGCCAUCUCUGGCUUUUACGGCUUGUGCGAUGUGUUUGACAACAUUAUCAUUUCUCUGUGCAAGUUUACCUCGUUGUUGUCCAGCCACGAUGCACCUGGCCUGACUUCGGUGGACUCGACGGCUGAUUCCGCGCUGCUCAUCACACCCGUCGGGAUGGGCUCGGACGGUCCCAACCCUGUCGGAGCUGGCGCUGCAGCUACUUUGAACAGCGCACUCUAUGCAUCCUCGUCGACUGGCACCUCCACCAGCAAUUCGAGUACCGUGGCAUUGUCCCCCACGAGUAGCUCGGCUACCGAGGCGGGACAUCACCAAAUUGCCGUCGCCAGCAACCGAGGCAUGCUCGCUGCUGCUGGUUUGGGUCUUGCCAGUGGAAUUGUGAUUACUGGCUCGACAGCUGGGGCUUUGAAUGCUGGCGCGGGUGCUCUCGGGUCCACUGCAACAUCCACUGCUUCGAUGGGUCCGAUUUCAGACGGAGCAGCUUCUGGUACCGCGGCCAACACGCGUGCGGGUAGCGUUUCGGCAGGCUCGUCCGCCAGUUCCAUCCAACAGCACUAUGCCGGAGUUGCUGUCGCGUUUGGACGCAACUUUAAGGCCCAGCUUGCCGCGUCGACCGUGUUUGCACUCACACACCAGUACGGCGACAUUUUGCGCGAGGGCUGGCGCAACGUCGUUGAUUGCAUCAUUCAGCUGUAUUUGGCUCGACUGCUUCCUCCCGCCAUGAUGGAAGCCGAGGACUUUUUGGAUCCUUUGGGCCGCGUGUCACUUCCCGGUCGCAAACAAAAGCACGAGAACGAGACCAAGCCCUCGGUGCGCUCUGACUCGUCGCUCUGGUCGACCAUGUCCUACUACUUGUUGCUCUCUUCGGCUGAGCCGGCCGUGGAGCAACCUACCGAAGAGGACAUUCAGCUGCAGCAGGUGGCGGAGACGUGCGUGCGCUCGUGUUACAUCCAGGAUCUCUUUACCGAGUCCAAAUUCUUGUCCGUCGAAGCGCUCCAGGAGCUCAUCAAGGCACUGCUGUUUGUCUCCCAAGGCCCGCUUGCGCGACGCCUCUAUCAGCAGCAACUGGCCGUCUCUGUGCCCGUCAUUGACUAUUCCGAGGAUACGGCUGUCUUUUCGCUCGAGCUGCUCAUUGAGGUCUCAUUGCGCAACAAGGAUCGCAUCGCCCUUCUGUGGGAACCCGUCUUCAAGCACCUCGUGGAAACGAUGUGGCAGUUUAUUCCUUCCCUCGCCGCUACCUUGUCCGUGUUCUCUCGCGGCUCGGCUGCCCAAUCUGCCGCCGCCGCCGCCGCCGCUGCAGCAGCUGCCGCGAGCACUCUCCUACCCGGUGCCUUGGCCAGCGCCGUGACCCCGCCUCAACCGCUCGGACUGGCUGCCAUUCUGCCGUCCGGCGUGGCUGAUUCUACCGCAACAUCCUCCACCACCCAGGCCGCCGCCAGCAGCGUGUCGUCCACCCUGACUACGCAACCCGCGCCUGCCACCUUGUCCUUCUCGUUGCUGCCCUCUCUUGCGGCGCCGCUUCCACCCGGAGUUGCGUCGCUCGUUGGAACGGUGCCCAAGUACUCGCUUCAUCUCGAGCGCUGUGUGGUGGACUUGCUGCGCCUUGCGUCACGUCUGAUGAUGAAGGAGGACAUGACGGACUCGCUGAUGCGUUCACUCGAAGCCCUGCUCUAUUUGUUGCAUGCAACAGACGGCGCAGGCACGAUGGCCGAUCGUGGCUCUCCGGCCAUGGCGGCCUCGAUCAGCCACUUGCACUCGUCGACGGGUCCGCAGGUGCUCCGCGAACUCAUGUCUGGCUUGCACCAGCUCGUCAAGGCCAACGCGUCGUACAUCAAAAAGGAGCAGCAUUGGGCCACCGUCUUCAAGCUCUUGCAGUUUGCCCGCGCCGAUGGCAAUGCUCGCGGCAUCGCCUCGGAAACGAUGGCGUUCUUGAUUCGCGACACCAAGUGCGUCUCGAUCACCACGUUUGCGGCAUGUCUGUCCGUCCUGGCAUCCUUUGCCGAGGCUGAUGCUCGCGAGUAUCUGGCUGCAUUGCAGCAGAAUCCGCAGCACGCUCACCAUCCCGCACCGACGCUGCCGCAACACUCGACCUCGCAGCUUCCGCACGACGCGCCAUCGCAGCCCUCCGUGCCCCAGCCGCAAAAUAACCCGCCAUCGCAGCAGCAGCAGUUCUUGCAACAACCCUCAUCGCCCGCAGCACUUUAUCUCGGCCUCGUCAUCUUCCUGCACCCUCGAGUCACUUCGAUUGCCUCUGAAGCCAAGUCUCUGACCAGCGACGAGAGCAAAGCCAAGGCGGGCCAGGGCGCAGACGAUGCAGGCAAAGCAAGACUGGACGACGUCAAGUCGAAGGCGUUGGGCGUCAACUUUUUGUGGGACAACUUUUUCCAUCCGUUGGCUCGCUUGUACAGCUCGCUGUGCUCCGACCCGCGGCGUGACGUGCGUCAGCAUGCCAUGAACUACUUGCUGCGCACCUUGCUCAUGCCCGAGCUGCAGGAGCUCGGGCCGGCCGACUGGGAGCGGUGCAUGUAUUCCAUCCUCUUCCCAAUGCUCAUGUCUCUUCUGAACACGCAUUCCGCCAUGUUUGAUCCCGCGGGCUUUGAAGAGACUCGCAUGCGCGGUGCUGCGCUUCUCUGCAAGCUAUUCCUGCUUCACCUGAACUCGCUGCUGACACUCGACACGUUCAAUCUCCUGUGGCUGAAGAUUAUCGACCUCAUGCACCGGUACAUGAGCAUCGAGAACAGCGAUCUUUUGGCCGAGGCGAUUCCCGAAUCUCUCAAAAACAUGCUUCUUGUCAUGUCCACAAGCGACAUUCUCGUGGAUCCUCAAGCAAAACCGUCUGGGCGACCUGGCACCACGGUUCCUCCACGCACCGAUCUCUGGGAUGUCACCUGGCAUGCAAUUGGUCGCUUCCUUCCUGGGCUUAAAGGCGAAGUUUUCCCUGCCUACCAGCUGCAGCAACCACAACAACAACCACCACCACCAUCACAACAACAACAACAGCAGCCACAACAUUCACAGCAACCGCAAUCACAGCAGCAACAGCAGCGGCUCCAACAACCACCGGCACAGCAGCCCACAACCGCCGUUUCGGAGGCAGCUGAACCAUCGUCAUCACAAAAUGUCGUGCAUGUUUGAAAACUCAUCGCUGCUUGAACUUUUUGAACAGCUUCAAUUAUUAUUUUUUUAUUUGCACCUUGUUCAAGUUGAGUGCACAA